ACGACAUUACCGUCCGAACGAUCUAAAUCGUCAAAACCGCACGUCUUUCUCUGCAACUGUUCCGACUUCUGAGGUAGUCUCAGAUUCCCUCCGCGAACACGAUGUCGUUCGAUGAAGAGGAGGACGAGACCUUCGAGCACACCCUUCUCGUGGUGCGCGAGGUCUCCGUCUACAAGAUCCCACCGCUACCCACAUCCGGCGGCUACAAGUGCGGCGAAUGGCUCCAGUCCGAUAAGAUCUGGUCCGGUCGUCUCCGCGUCGUGUCUUGCAAGGACCGGUGCGAGAUCCGCCUGGAGGAUCCGAGCUCCGGCGAUCUCUUCGCCGCUUGUUUCGUCGAUAACGGACGGCGAGAUAACUCCGUCGAGCCGUGUUUGGAUUCGUCGAGGUACUUCGUUCUGAGGAUCGAGGACGGCCGUGGGAAGCACGCGUUCGUCGGGGUCGGGUUUGGGGAGAGGAACGAGGCGUUUGAUUUCAAUGUCACCUUGUCGGAUCACGAGAAGUACGUUAGGAGGGAGCAAGAGAAGGAGAUUGGGGAAACGAGUGAGAGCGAUGAUCAUAUUGAUAUUCAUCCCGCGGUUAACCACAGGUUGAAGGAAGGUGAAACCAUUAGAAUCAAUGUGAAACCGAAACCAACGACCAGUGGAACCGGAAUGCUCUCGACCGCUCUUUCGGGUAACGGGAAACCUAAACCGGCGCUAUCGCUUGCGCCACCAUCAGGCGGCGUUGGAAAAAUCAGGUCUCCUUUACCACCGCCUCCAAAUGAUUCCGUGACCUCGAGGGUAACAUCCGAUGGUUGUAAAGAAUCAACAGAGAAGGCAAGAACCAAGAAUGAUCCACUCUCUGAUUAUUCUCAGCUCAAGGAAAAACUUCCUUCAACCAAUUCGACAGGAGCUGGAUGGGCAGCUUUCUGAUCACCGGAGGAUAAAUUUUUGACGGUCGAUGGAGAUUGUUCGGCUUCAUAUAGUUACUGUAGAGACAUUGAGAAAAAGGCCCUCUCAUUAAGACAAGAUUGGUAAAUCAGAGAUUAUUAGUAUAAAUAGCUUGUGUUUCUGGUGGAUCGUCUUUCCUCGUUUCUUCCUAAACCCGUCUACACUGUGGACGGAUCAAAUUGUUUUCUAAACUAAGAAUACUGAUUAUAUCUGUUUAACUAAAGUGCUAAUGCGUUUUUUUUUUUUUUUUGGCAGUAG